GUGUUUUCCCCCCUCCCCGGUAUAACGGCAACGGGCAAGAACGCGUCAACCAACGUAAGGAAGCAGGUUAUGGCACCUGGAAUACUGGGGCCGCCAACACUCAAGGUACAUACGCGACGAACGCGACGAGUUGGCAAGGCUAUGAAGGCUACGAUUAUUACAACACCCAAACCACCGCCGCUAACACAGCGGCCACGUACAACUACGCCGCAGCAACUUCCAGCAGCUGGGAAACACCCAAAACUUCGGAUAUGAGUAUGAACGCCGAUGUCAACGCCGCCAUGCCCGUCGCCUCGUACGGCGCCGAGACUUCGGCGAACGAGAACUCGGAUUCCAUCAUCGCCAAAAUCAACCAGCGUUUGGAUAUGCUGUCGAAGGAAGGCAGCGGCGGGACAGGGGAGGGGAUGGAAGACCAGGAGAGCUCUUUCAGAUUUGAGUCUUUCGAAUCCUACGACUCGAGAUCUUCGAUGAAUGACCGUGACAUGUACCGAUCCGGCUACGAUUACGGAGAAGUCGGAACCGAUCGAAACGAUUCCUUUGGGAGCCAGUUUGACAACCGCAGGGAUCAAUCUCGUAACCGAGGAAACAGCUACGGCCUCAUUCGAGGCCGGGGUCAAAACCGCGUUCAAAAUCGAGGGCGUUUAAACGCUUUUAACCGCACCGAUCACUUCAUGCCCUCCUCCAGCUCCGAGCGCCUCUCGGCUCGUUGGAACGAGUUGAACUACAUGGGUGGGCGUGGGAUGGGGGGUGCCGGAUCCAACAGGCUCCCUUCCCUAUUUUCCCAAGCCCUUGUUCCCGACUACGGCGAUUACGGCGACUACGGCGAUUACGGCGACUAUGGGGAUUACGGUGAUUAUGGCGAUUACGGAGAUUACGGUGACUACGGAGACUAUGACUAUGGCAUGAUGGGGAUGUCGGGCAUGGGAAUGGGACGGUAUGGGAAUAUGCCGUAUGGAAUGGGGAGGCAACGAAACAGAGACAGGAUGGGUACGGUGCCCUGGCACAUGAACACGCUCACGCCCAAGAGAAGAGGUUUCCGAAACCGUUCCGGAGGGCGAUCGGACAGCGAAGGAGGAGGACGCAAGCGAAAACAGUCGCAAAGCGGAGAUGAGCCGGACAGCAAACAGGCAAAGACCGACAGUGAAGGAGACGACACCGAGAACGAUGAGGGCGAAGGAGAGGAAAAAUCAGGAGACGAAGCUGACAAAGGUGAGAACGGGAAUUGGGGUGAUUUGGCGGAGGAAGCAUCUGGAGAUGGUUGUGAAGAUGACGAUGAGGAGGUGAAAAAGAAAAGGGAGAAGCAGCGGAGAAGAGAUCGGAUGCGUGAUCGUGCUAUGGACAGAAUCCAGUUUGCCUGUUCUGUCUGCAAGUUCCGCAGUUUCGAAGAAGAAGAGAUCCAGAAACACCUCCAGAGCAAAUUUCACAAAGAGACCUUGCGAUACAUCGGCACCAAACUCCCGGAUAAAACGGUCGAGUUUCUGCAGGAGUACAUCAUCAACAGGAAUAAGAAAAUCGAAAAACGACGUCAGGAGCUGACGGAGAAAGAGGGCACAAAACAGAAGCCGGAUCCUUUUAAGGGUAUCGGCCAGGAACAUUUCUUCAAGAAGAUCGAGGCGGCUCACUGCAUGGCGUGCGACAUGUUAAUUCCUGCGCAAAACCAUCUUCUCCAGAGGCACCUGCGAUCCGCCGAUCACAACCGAAACCGCAGGAUGGCCGCAGAACAGUUCAAGAAAACCAGCUUACACGUCGCCAAGAGCGUCCUGAAUAACAAACACAUCGUAAAGAUGCUGGAAAAAUACCUCAAG